AUGAAAAACCAUUUGCCAAAAAAUUUUCCGAAUUAUGGGGACAGUCUCAUUUCAUACACCGAAGUCCAUUCCUUGAUGGGCUUUUACCAAGUAGCCAGACGCCCAGGUCCUAAAGCCGUUUUCUUAGCCGAUCUAUCAGAUCCUAUGACUUUAUGGGAUUAUUUUAUUCAUGGAUUCAUCAACACCAUCUAUCUAGAAGGCACCAAUUUACACUGCAUCAGCGAGUUCCCUUCUGCUGUGCAAAUUAUCAUCAGAAAUUAUAAAAUACGAUUCGCAAUACAGGAAAGAGGAUUAUUCAUUAAAAUGCAUUCUAGCUAUCCAAUUUUUGAUGAAGACUCUCAGCUAAUUGUCCCAAGUAUUACUUUCGCAAACAUGGGAAUAAGCAACGGCUCGAAACCAACAAAAGAUGAUCUACCAUGA